UUGUAGUCCAACUUAAAGAUGGUAGUACCUGUCUCUGCAUUGAAGUCCAUAUUCUGCCUCUUUUUCAUCCCUACACUGUUAAGCUCUGCUUACACAGGAGCAUCCAAGACCUUCAGUGCUAAUGCAGUUUCAUUGGCAGAAAAAGCUGAUCUAUCCACGAGUAUCAACUCAACCACAAAUUCUUAUAGUUCUAUAACUUCUAAUUUACCAAAUUCCAGUAAAAUCCAAACUACAACAAAUGAGAAGGUUACCACCUCAGGAAAUCCUACCACUGAGCAGUAUACCACUAGUAGUACUAACACUACCUGGAUGACCACUCAGUCAACAUUUACACAGUCAACUACUGUGGUUACAACCACUGCCGAUUCUGGGGACAACAGUACAGUUCCUCAGUACAUUGGAUUUAUUGCUGCAGGAGUAUCUGUCUUACUCUAUGGUAGUAACUUUGCUCCAGUCAAGAAGUUUGAAACAGGAGAUGGAAUGUUCUUUCAGUGGAUUCUCUGUGGAGCUGCCCUGCUGGUGGGAAUCAUAGUACAGGUGAUCCGUGGUACACGACAUUUCUAUCCACUGGUGAUGAUAGGGGGGCUAGUGUGGGAGACGGGUAACAUUUGUGUUGUGCCAAUCAUUAAGACUAUUGGUAUGGGACUUGGCUUGUGUAUCUGGGGAAUGACCAAUCUUCUCAGUGGCUGGGCCACCAGCAGAUUUGGUUUGUUUGGAGUGACACCAAGUGAUAAGAUAGGAAAUGACACUCUUAACACUGUUGGAGUGGUGAUAGCAGUGUUCAGCUCAAUCAUUUUUGCUUUUGUGAGGAAUGAAGUUACCCCGGUAGAGAUGACUGAGUCAGAACCACUUCUCAACAACACACCCCCAGGACAAGGUUAUGGCUCACCCGGUGACUCCCUGUACAGUAACUCAAACAAUCACGAUCAGUUGGUCUUCAAUCAGAGAAAAUCGCGGGGGAGCAUCAAUAGGGAUCCUACAGACACAGAGGACAACACCUUUAUAGACAGAUUGUCACCCGUCAAUAAAAGAAUUCUGGGCAUUGUACUCUCGGUUGUGUCCGGGGUUCUGUAUGGUCAGAUGUUCACACCAGCUGUCUACCUUCAGGACCAAAAAGGACACUCCGAAAAUUCUUUGGACUAUGUAUUUGCUUGUUUUUGUGGGAUCUACAUAACAAGCACUGCCUAUUUCAUUAUCUACAUCAUCAUUAUGAAGAAUAAACCUAAGGUAUACCCGAAGGCUAUCCUACCGGGGGUGAUUUCCGGACUGAUGUGGGGGACAGCCACUGCUGGGUGGUUCGUAGCCAAUGAAGCAUUGUCCCCAGCUAUUUCAUUCCCCAUCAUCUCCACAGGACCCUCCAUAAUUGCAUCAUUAUGGGGAAUUUUUGUAUUUCGUGAAAUUAGGGGAGCAAGGAAUAUUUCUAUUCUACUGCUGGGCUUCGUCUUUGUUAUAACAGGAGCUACCCUGACUGCCUUGUCCGAGAAAAAAUGACGGAAUCUUCAGUCUAGUUAGGUUCCUUUUUAUUUACAAUACCUCAGUAAACUUACAUACAUAAUACACUGAGUUUUAUACUGUGAUCAUUAUUUUUUGUUCAGUAUCAGAAGAGUUAAAUAAUUAUAUGGGAUGUUUUAUGUGGUUUAAGCUGUUUUAUGAAUUAUGUUUUAUUUGUGUGUAAGCAAGUCUGUUGAUUGUGUAUACCAAGCAUUUACAUAUUUGCUGGUAUUCUUGCACCCAAGCUAAAGAUGCACAUUAUGUAGGUUGUAGUUGCAUUUAAUGUGAUAUUUAAUCAAUUUAAUGGUCUCGAGAAGACAAACACAUGUACAUGUAUUAUUAAAGACGUAAUGUUUUAUUUAAAAGGGUUUUUUUGAUGUUUGGGAUGGUCAUAUACAAAUUAAUUAUCUGAAUCUGAAUGUACAGUCAUAUAUGUUAAAAUUAUUGCACUUAACGACGUUCGAUCCUGAUAUUUAAAGUCUUAAACUUUUUUUACCAAGUAUAUUUUUAGUUUCUACAUACAUAGCUUAAUUAACAUUCAAAUAAAAAAAUGGGGGUCAAUAUGCUUCUUUUAGCGCUACAGUACAUUUAAUAUGACCUUUCUGCACUGAAAUUAGUGUCUUUAUUAAAAAUUAUACCUUCGACGUUUUCCCUCCAAUAUUUUUAUCCAAUUAAAGCAUGAAACAAAAUGAACUCUAAGUCUGUUUAAAAAAAGACACUUAAAAAUUGUGACUAAGAAAAAGUUUCAAAUUGCUUCGCAUUAUCAAUUAUUUGACCUUUCUGCACUAAUAAAAUGUUAUUUUUCCGGGAUUGAAAAUAUAAUAAGCAAGAAAAUUAUUUUAAAGUCUUAAACUUUUUCUGAUUUUAAGCAAAUAGGUCAAAGUUAUCUUGAAUAUUUAGAAAAGAACAUCAAAAGUGGGGGUAUAUGAUGAACAUUUUCAGAUAUUACUAAAAAAAGUGUGAAUUUUACGUUAAAAUUGGCUCAAUUUUUUCCCGGAUUUUCAGAAUAUAUUUACUAUAUUUGUCACACUUUGCUGAUAGAAUUCAUAAGAAAUAAUUUAAUAGAUAUUUCAGAACCAGCAUAACACAUUUCACUGCAAAAACAGCUUUGUGUGCAACCAGCAUGGAAAAUUAGGCAUCCAAAAUUAAAAGUACUGUUAUAGUUCAAAUGGAAAAAAACUGACCAUUUUCGUCGAAAAAACCUUCCGCCACAAAGUAUAGUCCCUAGCUUAAUUCUACUUGAAUGGAAUUUAAUCGCAGUUUUUUCAUUGAAUAUAGUUUAAUUUGCAUUGUAGAAUUCAGUUUUAUUGUUAGAACCUAAAAAUGAUGCUUAAUUUUAUGAAUAAAGGACGUGCGCGAAAUACGGUCAAAAUAUCAGGAUCGAACGUCCUUAAAAGGUUAAAAAGAAAUGAUUAAUUUAGUGAUAUAUUUUUUUUUUAUUUCUUAAAAGUUAUUUCUCUAGAAAUAUCUUUUUCUCCUUGGUUUAGUAAAUCUGUCCAGUGAGGCAAAUAUUAGUAGAAAAAAAAUCAUUUUUUGUAGAUUUAUUUGUGUAGCAUUAAACUACAUGUACUUAAGGUUCUACAAAUGAAAGGGGUAUACAGAUGAAGUAUUUAUCAAUACAUGUACCAGAAUAAUGAUGUAAUUAAUACUCAACAAAUCCAUCUCAAGAAUUUUGAAUAAAUGCUCUUUUAGGUAACUUAAGACAUUUCAUAACUUGAGUAUGUUUUAAGAUGUAAGUUAUGAUAGAAUUAUUAAAAUGAUUUUUGCAAAGAAAUUAUCAUUGUGACAUACAUAUAUGAAUACAGUAGUCAGUACGCAUUACAUCAGGGAGAAAAUUUUGAACAUUUUUAGUUUUCAGUCCAAAAUUUUAAAAUCAAUGCAAAUGCCAGGUUCACAUAUGUUUAAUUUUUUGGUUUAAAUGAGAAAUAUUUCUCUCUUUGUUUGUCAACAAAAUAAUUUUAUUUUACUAUGUAUAAUGUAUGUUAAAUUAAAUAGUGUACAAAUAUAUUGUUGCUUCUAAGAAUGAUAGUUUUAUCCAUCCCCACUGUUUCAUUGCUUGUUAGUUCAUCUGAGCUGUAAAGACUCAACAGAGCUUUUCUGGUCAAAAUUUUCCAUUGUCUGUCAUCUUCAGUGUAUUGUCAAGAGGCAUAACUGAAAAUUUUCAAAUAAUUGUGCAUUUUCUGUCAAAAGUGUGAGAUUAAGUGUAUCGGUACAUUAAUAAAUUAAAAAAACAU